AUGGCAAGGGAGACGACGUCCGAGGAGGUCUUUGAAAGGCUCGUCGAGGGGUACCUCGCCAAUCUGGGGCCGACGAAGCGAGGAAAGGCUUUGAUCGACAGCACCCUCUUCGCCUUCAUCCUCGACACUCUCCGCGACCCCUCCGACACGACCCUCGGCGACUCUGGCGAGCGCUACUGGGCUCGCGCGCACUUCGAGUUCAUCCGUCCGGCUGGCGACGAGAACGGCGAAGCGCUCGGUCCGAAUGGCGACCCGCUCGUCCGCUACUUCAUGAUCAACCAGAACACUCGUGCGAGGACGGCUGGGGAGGCGGUCGCUCAGCGGCACGAGAUCUACGACAUCGUCAAGGACGCGCACGUGCGGACGGGCCACGGAGGGCGCGACAAGACGUACAACGCCGUCAAGGCUGAGUGGUCACACAUCCCGAAGGAACUCGUCAUCGGCUUCAUCAAGAAUUGCCCGACGUGCUGCGCCGCUCGCAAGGGAAAAGCGACCAAGCCGCACACAUCACAGGCGCCUCGCCUUCCCACUCCUCCGCGACUUCCGACUCCUCCGCCGUCGAGCCAGCUCGCUUCGCCGGUCGGUAGCCGGCAGCGGGUCGCUAGGCUGAGCGUCGACGAAUGCUACGACUUGCCGACUCCGCCCGACAUGCCCGCCGUCCCUGUCAAUGCCGGCCCCUCGACCCCGCUUCUGCCCCCGCCGCAACAGCCAGCGACUGGAAAGCCGCCCAUCUCGCCCUCGCCGUCCUCUUUCAACAGCGCCGCGGUCGCUCUGCCCUUGCCGCUUCCGCCGGUCGUGUCCGCCUCGUUCGACCCGCCUCGACAGUCGCCCUUCCGCCCUCGAUCCGUCUUCGACCCGCUCGUCAACUCAUCUGCUUCCCUGCUUGACGGACCUUCGGAGACGUUCCUUUGUUCGGCGCGCUCCUCGUCGCUCACGCCGUUGCUCUCGAGCUCGAGCAGCAGCCCGCCCACGACACCCUCGACAGCUUGGGCGAGCGAGGACGGCACCGACGACUUUGACCCGACUUUCUGGCUCAACGACUCGUUCUUCGACGAUGCACCAGUCCUGACUUGCGCUCCCUCCAUGUUGUUGCCCAGCUUCUCGACGCCCGUUUCGCAGCCUCACUUCUCUUUCGCCCCGACUCUUCCUGUCCAGCCUCGAGGCAUCAAGCGCUUGGCUUCUCCCUUCGACGAUAGUGAAUGUCUCGCCGGUGACUGCCCUUCGAAGCGCAGUAUUGACGCAGGUGACUGUACUCCCUCCUCUUCCAAGCGUCGCCGGGUUGUUCGUGCUCCUCUCGUCUAG